UUCAAAUUCUUGAAAAAAACCUUAUCUUUCCGCCUUAGCCAUAGCAAAAACCAUGGCUUCUUCUUCAGUUUCUUCUCUUCAUUUUCUCUUCGUCACCCCUCAAACCCCUUCUUCUCUAAAACCCAAUUCCACACUUUCCUUCUUCUCUCUUCCUUCCUCUUCUCUGAAUCUUUCUUUAUCUUCUUCUUCAACAGGCCUUUGUUCAAUUAAGCCUUUUGAAUCUUCGUUUACGACUCGCGUUGCGCUAUCUGAUUUUGACCAAUUGGAAGAUGAUGUUGAAGUAGCAGAACAACCCCGUUUUUCUGAAGACCUUAAACUCUUUGUUGGUAAUUUGCCUUUCAGUGUUGACAGUGCUGCUCUUGCUGGCCUUUUCGAACGUGCUGGAAAUGUCGAAAUGGUUGAGGUUAUAUAUGACAAGCUCACUGGAAGAAGCAGAGGGUUUGGUUUUGUGACAAUGUCUACGAAAGAGGAAGUUGAAGCUGCUGAACAACAAUUCAAUGGAUAUGAAAUUGACGGGAGGGCAAUAAGGGUGAACGCAGGGCCAGCACCAGCCAAAAGGGAGAAUUCUUCGUUUGGAGGUGGAAGGGGUGGAAAUUCUUCAUAUGGAGGUGGAAGGGACGGGAAUUCUUCUUUUGGAGGUGCACGGGGUGGGAGAAGUGUUGACAGCAGCAAUAGAGUAUACGUAGGAAACCUCUCGUGGGGUGUCGAUGACCUGGCACUUAAAGAAUUGUUCAGUGAGCAAGGCAAUGUUGUGGAUGCCAAAGUAGUCUAUGAUAGAGAUAGUGGUAGAUCAAGGGGCUUUGGAUUUGUAACAUACAGUUCGUCCAAAGAGGUCAAUGAUGCAAUUGAUAGCUUGAAUGGUGUUGACCUUGAUGGCAGGUCCAUACGCGUAAGCGCUGCUGAAGAACGGCCCAGGCGUCAAUUCUGAAUGUGUUAAACUACAUCUUUUUGACUGAGGAAAAGCUUGAGGGCUUCGUAACGAUGAAAAUUGCUGCAAAGCUCAUGAAUUUUUUGCACCUUCGACACCUGCUACUUUUACACCAAAGUUGGUACAAAGUUUUGUAUCUGCAACUCACAAGUAUAUUACUUUUUACAGUGUAUGUUCUAAACUUGCCUCGGGGAAAGAUUCUGAUCUGUAAUAUUAUAUCCAUUAGUUGAUAAUGGACUAGACAAUGACAUGUUAGAUCACUCUUUGGUAUGAAUCGUGCUGUGAACCUUCUUGUAUAAUGAAUGUGCAGUGUAUGUGUUGCACAAAUUUAAGGUCUUGGGAACUUAAUUUGUUGGAGUAAAGGGUUGUUUGAUUGUGA